CACUCAGAACUAGCUAGUUACAUUUCUCCACAAGCUUGUAGUUCAACACUGCCUUCAAGAUGGCUGAUGAUAGAGAUCAAGCAACCGAUCAAAUGAAGUUAUGGAAAGAGGGACGAAAUUCUAAGAGACCAGACAACCUGACCACUGGGGCUGGUCAUCCAGUAGGGGACAAGCUGAAUGUUAUGACAGCUGGUCCCCGAGGGCCUCUCCUGGUGCAAGACACCCCGUUCAUAGAUGAGAUGGCCCACUUUGACCGCGAGCGCAUCCCAGAGAGGGUGGUUCACGCCAAGGGUGGCGGUGCGUUUGGGUACUUUGAAGUGACACAUGACAUCUCUUGCUACAGCAAGGCCAAGGUGUUUGAGCAUGUGGGAAAAACCACUCCAAUCGCCAUUCGGUUCUCCACUGUGGCUGGGGAAUCAGGCUCAGCUGACACGGUGAGAGACCCACGUGGCUUUGCAGUGAAGUUCUACACUGAAGAGGGCAACUGGGACCUUACUGGCAACAACACACCCAUAUUCUUUAUCAGGGACGCCAUGCUGUUCCCAUCCUUCGUUCACUCUCAGAAGCGCAACCCCCAGACUCACCUGAAGGAUCCAGACAUGGUGUGGGACUUCUGGAGCCUGCGCCCUGAGAGUCUGCAUCAGGUGUCUUUCCUGUUCAGUGACCGUGGUAUUCCUGAUGGCUUCCGUCACAUGAAUGGCUACGGCUCCCAUACCUUCAAACUGGUUAAUGCCCAGGGUCAACCUGUCUACUGCAAGUUCCACCACAAGACCAACCAGGGCAUCAAGAAUUUGAAACCUGAGGAUGCUAAGAGCCUGGCCUGCACAGAUCCGGACUACGCCAUCCGAGACCUGUACACUGCCAUCGCCAACAACAAGUUUCCCUCCUGGUCUGUAUACAUCCAGGUCAUGACCUUUGAGCAGGCUGAGAAAUUCCAAUGGAACCCCUUUGAUCUGACCAAGGUGUGGUCUCACAAAGAGUACCCCCUUAUUCCUGUGGGGAGGUUGGUGCUCAACAGAAACCCCACCAACUAUUUUGCUGAGAUUGAGCAGCUGGCAUUUGACCCAAGCAACAUGCCCCCUGGCAUCGAGCCCAGCCCUGACAAGAUGCUGCAGGGGCGUCUGUUCUCCUACCCAGACACGCACCGCCACCGACUGGGUGCCAACUACCUGCAGCUGCCCAUUAACUGCCCCUUUAGGACCCGUGUGGCCAAUUACCAACGCGAUGGGCCCAUGUGCAUGUUUGACAACCAAGGUGGUGCUCCCAACUACUUCCCCAACAGCUUCAGCGCACCUGAGACCCAGCCCCAACAUGUGGAGACUAGGUUUAAAGUGUCCCCAGAUGUUGGCAGGUAUAACAGCACUGAUGACGAUAAUGUCACACAGGUGCGUACCUUCUAUACAGAGGUGCUGAAUGAAGACGAACGCCAGAGGCUCUGUCAGAACAUGGCUGGUGCCCUGAAGGAAGCUCAGGAUUUCAUCCAGAAACGUUGGGUUCAGAACUUGAUGGCUGUGCAUCCAGACUAUGGGAACAGGGUGCAGGCAGUACUCAAUAGUGCUGAGCCCAACAAGGACGCUGUGAGAGUGUACACCCGUGGAGGUGCCUCUGCCAUUGCUGCCUCCUCCAAGAUGUGAUGCCUUCACUACUUCCAGAGGUUCCUGUGGUAGCACUUGCCACUGCUGUAAUCAGAGUAACAAAAUCAUAUUAAUCAUCAUUAUUUUUAUAGUUUCUCAAGCUACAUAUUGCACAGAUGAUUAACAUGUUGUUGGUGUUAAAUUUUUUAAAUGUUCACCUAGAAAUCAAUGUACUUAAAUCCAAUGCUAUUCAAAGAGCCAUGCAUUUAUUUAGUUAAUAGUAUAAUUAUACUGAUGGUUAGCUUCAUAAAAAGGUAAGAGUUAGCCCAGCAACAAAAUAUAUACAACACAUGAAAUUUGUCCUACUAAACAAAAAUACCAAUGUUUUUUUUAACUGAGAACUACUUUAGAACAUCUAUUCAGUUUGCCUGGAUACCUAAACUCCUUGCUCCAGCCAAAUGCAUCUCUGUACACUCAAAUAUCUUGGUUUCUUUUCUACAAGGGCCCCGAAGACACCUUGAUCAGGGAACAUUUAUUACAUUUGUCUGUGCCUUUGUUAAUGUGUUUAGAUAUAAUCUAAAUGAAAACGACCCUUUGCUUUUAAAUCAAUGUGUGAAAAGUAAUAAUGAAUUCAUAACGUACAGAAUUGAUCAGAUAAAAUGUUACAAAUGUUUUCUUUGCUUAGGCAUUCACCAUAUGUCUUGUUUAUUUAAAAAAUGUAGAUCAAACUAUCAGUGUUAUGAUUCAGUCAAGAAAGAAUGUUCUCGCAGCCAAAUGGAUUUUGGGUCAAAAACAAAUCCCUAACACUUUGUCACCAUGGCACAAUAAAGGGAUUGUAUUGACUUUUAAUCACUUUAUAAAAUAUUCAGAUACAAAGUGUUUUCUGUUUACUAGUGUUGAUUUGUCUAAAUACUUUUUCUGUUAAUUACAGAAUCACUGUAGUUGUAUUGGGUUAGUAUAGAGUUAGCAAAAACACCAAUGUUUCCUGUGGAGAAAACCUUUCUUGAUGCAGUUUUGAGAUCUUGAUCUUUGAUAUUUUUCAAUGUAUUAAAAUAAAUCGGAAUGUAAUUAUUU